CAGCGCUGCAUGUGCCAUUUCUCACAAAAGGUGUUGACUCGCUGACGCGGCCUUCAGCUAUCAGUAGCAUUGGCAGACUCUCUUUCACCAUGCGCUUGAUACAUGCUCUGAGCGUGUUGUCACUCAAGCUCUCCCCGUGGUUCGGAUCGAGCCACAGCAUGGUCGAUCGAGAGCAGGGUGUUCCUCAUGACGUCAAAGACUUUGCCAGACUCCCCGAGCACAUGUCAAAGUAUGUGGAAGAAGUCAGAACAGAACUUGGCGUACCUAGCAUCGGGAUCGCCGUAGUCAAGCGAGUGAACGAUGAUGAUGGGCAUGGCAGCUGGGAGUCAGCCAUAGGGACGUUUGGAACUGCCAAUGUUCAAGGCGAUCCCGUAACAAAGGACUCGCUCUUUGCAAUCGCUUCGAAUACAAAAUUCUUCACUGCUCUUUCUGUGGGCAUGUUGAUCGAGAAUGGGACAAAGCUGCCUAGUGGAGAGCCAUUAAAGUGGGACACGAAAAUCAAGGUCAUCUUCCCUGGUAUUCAGUUCCCCGAGCCCAGUCAGACGGAUUUGCUCAAUGUCAUUGACUUGAUGUCGAUGCAUUCGGGUAUGCCGAGACACGACUAUGGCUUUUACAACUCGGAUUACAAAGAGAUCAUCAAUGCACUCCCUCAUCUCCGAGCGUCUGCAGAGAUCCGACAAGCAUAUCAAUACUGUAACAUUGGCUUUGUGAUUCUGAGCGGGAUCAUCCCCGAACUCACCGGUACUCCGUUCCAUGAGUUCGUCCAGCAGCACUUUUUCGACCCUCUCGAUAUGACCUCGUCUUAUCUCAAAGCGACGGUCGCAAGUGCUACGGGCAAAUGGACAGAUUCAGCCUUGCGGAUCGGUAUCAACAAACCUGAAUGUCGGAAACAGUGGACGGAGAAUAGGAAGCUGGACGCUAGUUGUUUGGGUCAGGUCCACCGGUUUGGACCUUGGACAGAUACCGAUUACCUCGAGAUGGGAGGCGCCGGCGGUGCCAUCUUGAGUCUGGUCGAUAUGACUAAAUGGAUCAAGGAGCUCCUCGACCCUCAAGUGGUCCCCGCCGACCUCAUCAAGAAAGCUGGUCAUCCUUACACCCCGAUCACGGACCCGACCUGGCCAGAAUUAGGUGCUGAAAGUUACGGCCUGGGCCAAAUUUCAUUCUCUUUCCGAGGUCAUCAAGUUGUCACGCACAGUGGCGGACUGCCCGGUGCCACUUCUUUGCUGCUACGAUUGGUCAAUGACGAUUACGGGAUCAUGAUCGCCACGAAUGAGGGGGAUCUCUCCAUGAGCGUCCUUUAUGGUCUCGGUCAUCGAUUCUUGGAAGAUCAUCUGGGCCUUGAGCCUAUUGAUUGGGUCGAGCGAUACACCGAUCAAUGGGUCAACAGAAAGAACGAGAAUCAAGUCAUCGCACCGAAGCAUCCGAAACCUUCACCAUCUCGGAAAGAGGUCGAAGGAAUGUAUGAACAUCCAGUCUAUGGCUCCUUCGACAUCCGAGCGGUCGAGCCUCUGUCCGUCUCAAUGGACAGCCUAGACUCUAAUGUUCAGGCUCUGAUCACUGAACAAUUCUCGGACCACCUUGAAGGUAUCUACUUUGCGCACGUCAGAAUGAUCUUUGCGAAUUACAUUGUAUUCACACGCGUAUCCGGCAACGUCUUCAGCUGGACGGCACUCGAUCUCUAUCCUACGCUCAACGAGGAUCGAUCAAAGUCCAAGGUGUUUGGCAAUGCUCUUGCGCCUGCGACCGGCUCAGCGUUCAUCAGCUCAAAAGGAAUUGGCAUGUUUGGGAAUUUCUGGGGUGCAGGAGAUGCUGUGCCGGUUGAAAAGGCGGAAGAGGAUAUGGACUAUGUUGAAAAGCGGGCAGAAGUAUGGUUCAAAAAGGUCGAAUAGGUCGGGGGGAUAAGAAAAGAAGUGAGUGUCCUGGAUUUGCAGGGCAGGCAGUAGUGGGUCCAUCACGAGAACCGACUGGCCAAAGAUCAGAGGUCAAAGGUAUCUCUGAAGGUACUGUAUCUUCUCGCAUAUUUAUCGAGAGUCUAAGAGAAGUAUGGAAGGAUGAAUGCAAGCUUCUUCUUGCCUUCUUCAUUUUGAGC